UAUGGGUGCUGUUUCGAGUAGCGUGAUCAAGUUCCACAAUCUCCCCAAACUGAAAAGAAGCAGGGCUAGGGCCAUAGCCCCCUUGACCAAGAAGCCGGAAGAAACCGGGAAGGAAUACUGCGGCUUGUGCUGUAUGGUUUUUCCCAGUUGUCAGCGUUUUAGUGACAUCCACUGCUUCCUGGUUUUCCUCUACAUGCUGCUGGUCUCUCAGGGUAUGGUGUUUGGUCUUGUAGAUGUGAGCAUUGACACGUUUCAGAGGGGCAGUGGUCUGAAAACCAUUGAGAGUAUGUUGUUGUCAUCGAGUUAUGAUAUUUCAUCUUGCCUGGUAGUAGUGUUUGUAGCGUAUUAUGGAGGGAGAGGAAACAUUCUAAAAUGGAUUAUAGUUUCCUCCUUUUUAGUAGGAUUUGGAUCACUUUUAUUUGCUUUUCCAUACUUCCAUGGUGAAGAUUAUCAAUUGGACAUAGAAACUGAAGAUAUUUGCGAAGAAACGAAGAGUCUCAAAGCUUGCAAGAAAUCCUUUUCAUUCUACUCAAAAUAUGUAACUUUCUUCAUGCUUGGGCAGACUGUGCAGGGAAUAGCAGGAAUGCCUCUUUAUAUCCUUACAGUAACCUUUCUUGAUGACAGCAUUUCCAGACACUCAAUUGGUAUUUAUCUAGGCAUACUGGAAGCUUCAGUAACAAUUGGAUAUGCUUUGGGUUAUGCGAUAGCAGCACCACUGGUUACCACCCCUGAGAGGAGUACUUCUAAUAAAGAAGUUGAUGGCGGUUUUUUUUAUGAACACUGGUUGCGUACUUGGUGGAUUCGCUUUGUUUUGGUCACAGUUAUAGCAUGGUCUACAUUAAUAGCAUUUUCAUGCUUUCCACGGCAUAUACAAGGUAUAUCAAGGAUAAAAUCUGGGAAACACAAAAAUCCUACUUUCAUGGACAAAAAGUAUAAAGAUCAAGAAUUUGGAACUAGUAUCGGUGAUUUAUUUGCUUCUAUUUGGAUUCUGAUGAAGACUCCAAUGUUUGUAUGUCUAGCUCUGACCAGAGCUUCAGAAUCUUUACUUACAAUUGGAGCUUCUGAAUAUUUGCCUAAAUAUAUAGAAAAUCAGUUUAUAUUAACACCUAGCCAGGCAACUACACUUUCAGGACUUGUUUUAAUUCCAGGAGGUGCUUUUGGCCAGCUUCUGGGAGGUGUCAUUGCUUCCAAGUUACAUAUGUACUGUAAAGGCCUUAUGAGAUUUACAAUUGUUACAUCUACUAUAUCACUUGUACUGGUUAUGUUUACAGUUUUUGUACGCUGUAAACCAAUACCAUUUGCUGGAAUCAAUGAAGAUUAUAAUGGAACAGGGCAGUUGGGAAACCUGACAGCUCCUUGCAAUUCUCAUUGUAGAUGCUCAUCUUCAUUUUAUUUUGCUGUAUGUGGAAGAGAUGAUAUUGGAUAUUUUUCUCCUUGCUUUGCAGGCUGUAAUCAAUCUAAAACAUUUCAAGAUGAGAAGAGAUAUUUCAAUUGUUCUUGCAUUGAUGAAGGAAUAACAAUGUCAGAUGAGCAAGGUGAUUUUAUUGAUGCCAGACCUGGGACAUGUAAAUCAGGUUGCUAUAAAUUACCUAUGUUCAUUGUUUUUGUCUUUUCUACGAUUGUAUUUGCUGGUUUUUCUGGUAUACCGAACAUGCUGACCAUCCUUCGGAUUGUAUCUGAGAAACAACGUUCUCUGGCCAUGGGUUUGACCUAUGUGAUUUUGAGAGUAUUUGGGACUAUUCCUGGACCAAUAACUUUUAAAAUGGUAGGAGAAAGUUCUUGUACCUUUCGGGAUAGUGGACACUGUGGAAGCACCGGAAGUUGUUGGAUCUAUAACCCGAAAAAAAUGGCCCACCUAUUUUUAGGAAUAUGUUUUUUUUGCAAACUAUCCACCAUCUUCUUCACUGCUAUUGCAUUUGCCCUUUACAAACAUUUAGUAAAGGAAAACAGUGAUAUCUUAACUCCAACUGCAAAGAACCCAAAAGAAAAAGAAAAAGAAAAAAAUAAAUCUGAUUUAUAACUGGAUCAUCAUUGUCAGGAUUGCAGAACAUCUGAGGAUCAGAGUGUGAAAACAGGAGUUUCUCCUUCAAAGAUUCUACAAAAUGUGUUGCUGUACUUCACAUUCAAAAAGAAAAAUCAGACAUAAUAUUUACCUAAGUAGUAUCUAUAGAAAUCUUUCUUCUCAGAAUAAAGUAUUUUCUUAUGAAACA